AUGGAAAACAAAGACUAUAAAGAUAUAAUAAGAUCUUCUGCUUGGCAGUCCAUUAUUCAAAGUUCUGCUUCAUUUCUUAAUAUGUAUGCGAUUACUCAUCCAUCUCAACCAAAUUAUAUAUCUAUGAUUGCUGGCUCGACAUUGAAUUAUCAAAAUAAUGAUUACUUUUCUACAAAUGAAUUGACAAUUAUUGAUUUGCUAAAUAAAGCUCAAGUGAGUUGGAAAAGUUAUCAGGAAAACUAUACGUCUCUUUCUACAACCACAAGUCCUAAUUGUAACGAUGCAAUGGAACUUGAGAAAGGUUCAUAUGUUCGAAGACAUAAUCCAUUCAUGUUUAGUACAUCAGUGAGACACCAUACAAACGAAUGUAAAAAAAUUGUAAAUGCAGAUCAGCUAGAAAUUGAUUUGACAAAUAAGCAGCUACCACAAUUUUCUUUCUAUACGCCAAACAUAAAAAAUAGUGGUCACGACACAGAUCUCAAUUAUGCAGGUAAUUAUCUACAAAAAUGGUUGGAUAUUCAUUUAAAUAAUUCUGCUUUUACGAAUGGCACCUUAUUGAUUGUGACGUUUGACGAAGAUAAUAAUAAUCCAGAUCGAACCAAUCACAUAGCAGCGUUCAUGUGGGGAAUAGAUUAUUUGUAUUCGGAAGUCAAAAUAUCCGGAACAUUCAAUCAUUACUCGCUCCUGAAACUUUUCGAAGAAAAUUGGGGCCUGGGUAAUUUAGGUCGUAACGAUAUCACAGCAUCUUCAAUAAUGAAUAUUUGGCGGCCAACUGCUUAUUCCAAUAAUACAAAUAAUGAUACGAUUAGUACCAGCACACCUGUAACUAGUGCAGUUAGUCGUAAUGACAUCACUCUGAAGAUAUCUCUUAUGAUCUCUUAUCUAUUUAUUAUGAUCUAUUAA